CUGCACUUUUGCCCGGCUAUCGUCGCCUUCGUAGUCUCUUCAGCACACGACCAGUCGGCAUCCUCGCGCAGAUUGUUUUCUACAUGCUGACGCAAGAAUACCUUAUUGACCUUCUAGGUUAUCAGCCGCUGCCUUUGGUAUCACCUCUACAACCACGAAAGCGAUAUGAGUGCAUUCACUGCGCCUUGCACGCAUUUGCUCCGAGAGAAGAAGUCGGAGAAGGAAGACACUUUCACAUUAUGCGACAGGACCCAUGUAAACCGGCGUCACAGGGGCAAAGCCGAUACACUAUCAUACAGCCAUCAAAAAUUGCCCGUGCAAAGUAUUAGACAACGUCAAGAACAACCAAUUGACACGCGGAGGGCUCCCGACAUGGCAGCAGAUACGACUUAUACAAAUACCGUGUCGGAGGCAAGUGUCGUCGUUCUCAACAGAGACGACGCUGAUGAGUGGAUUAACAUUCAUAAGCUUAAGAAAGAAAAGUCGGAGACAGGCAAGUCGACGCAGAGAAAGAAAUGCUGGAAAUCCUUCCGCCGCAAUUGCCAUGAUGAAAACCCGUUGGCAGCUGAGCAAGCUGAUCUGCGGGCUUCUCUAGAACUUGCUCUUCAAUCCUGCAAACACGAGGCCGACACCAUAAACGUGAAUAGGAUCGCAAGGAACAAGUCCAAACGUCCGGCUUCGAAACGAAAUGUGUUCCCCUUCUUGAACCUUCCUCGUGAGUUACGCGAUGAGGUUUACGAAGAAGCAAUCGAUCUGAGAGGUAUUACGACAAACAUCAAGAACGAACUCUCUGGCUACAUUGAAGGAAUGCGACACUUUGAUUCGAGGAGGGAGACCUAUAAAGUUCAACAGCUUUUUGAAGAUCUGAGACAGCGACAUGGCAAUCUGAAAUCGCCAACGAUCCUUCUCAUCAAUAAGCAGAUUCAUAGCGAAGCUCAAGUUAUCUUGCGUAAACGUACACUUGUAUUCGAAGCUCCUCCUGUCAACAACGUCAAUAUAUUCCCUUUCUAUCAGAUGGUGAGCCGUGGGCUUCUUCGAAAUGUCGCAGGCAUUGCUUUUGAAAUGCAGAUGAAACAACACACGGAGGCGACCAUGCUCGGCGAACUCGAGAUGGGCACGAACUGGAUUUCGUACGCUCAUCGGGGCAACGAGAGUCUCGACAAUGCCGAUGCGUGGGCGUACUUCAUGUUUGACUGCCUCGGCAUGCUUUGGGCACCGGGGCACAAUGUCAGGACCCUUUGCAUAUCUAUUGUUCACAAGACUGGUCGCAGAGAAUACAGACUAGAGCCAACCCCUUCCAAACUUGGCCGCCUUGAACAGACCAUUAAGAGCUGCCUCGAGACACGAAACCUGGACCACUUCUUCAGCCACCUCGAGUAUGCCGAGGUGCCUGUAGCGAAUUCCACAGCCUAGCAGCCGAAGUUAGAGAGAACGAGAUUUAUGCUGAAGUGCACCUAUGCAAUUGCGAAGACUGGACCAUACAUGCUCGCACUUGUUUCACACCCUCGAUGCCCCAGGCUCUUAGAAAAAAAAAAUCGGUGGUAUUAUAACAUGCUAUAAGUCAUACCACGUAAUGAGAAGGAGUUUCGGACUGGAAAACAGCCCUGUGUCUGCAUAUAUUUGGACAACCGGGACAAGCGCUUCAAGUGGGAGAAAGAGGUUGUGGAUGUCGAAAGAUACAACGUGAUCGACGUACCUAUUCAAACAGAUUCAGGUAGAACGCUGUAAGCUCUACAUUCAGCUUAAUGAAUGAGCAGGCGAAAUAGCACCUAUACGAAACAUCGAUAGCGGUGAAUCAAUACUCAAUCUUUG